GAAUGGAGGGAGGAGUGUCCCUUAACAGACUAGAAAGUCUCGUUUCUUGGAGCUGCCUUCAUGAAUUUUCAGUCCCUCUGUGUUACUAUUUCAGCUAGUUGUAAUUUUGCUGUGGACUAGAUUUUGACCUGCCUCUGGCAUUACCUGAUAACACCGCCCAAGCAACAUACUGGAACUGGAUUAUCUCUGAAACAGAACAGCAGUAGAAGCAUCUACACAUAGUUACCGAAGACACAACUAUGAACAACUCAAAUUCUUCUGAUCCAGUUAAUUCAACAGAACAUCAAGAUGUGAAAGAAAAACAAGUUAAAAAACCAAAAUCUCAAGAAGACCAUGAAGAUGAAAGUUCUGCUGAGGAGCUGGCAAUGCACAGUCAACCACAAGAUUCACCCAAAGAAAUCGUUCCAUACAGUGGGUCAGAGGUAAUAGACAGAGAAGAUGAAACUGCAGAUGAUCCAGUUGUGUCAAGGGCCAAGUCAGAGGUGUCUGAAAGAGAUGCCUGCCACUUGACUGAACAUCCAAAGUGGUGGAUACGAAAAGAUGAUGAAUUCUUCCAUUUUGUCAUUGUUUGCUUUGCAGUUGGAACCUUAUUAGUUUGUUUUUACAAAUAUAAAGAUUGGACAGUUUCUGUUGGUGUUGGUUUGAUUACCUUUGCAACCUUGGAAACAACUGGAAUAUAUUUUGGCCUAGUGUGUCGCAUUCGUGCUGUCAUGGAUAGUUUUGUUCCCCUGCUCAAGAGAGUCAGACUACCUGGUUUCAAGAAAACGAACUGA